AUGGCAGAAACACAGAAGGGAGCAUCCUCGACUGUCAAAGCAAAAGACAACAAUUCAUUACUUGAUCUGGAUAUUGGAAAUGACUUUCUUAAGUCGUUCAAAUCAGUGUCUAUGGGAGAAGACGAUGCAAUGGAUUUCGACUUUGGGCCUAUAUCCAAAAACAAGAAAAAGACAUUCAACUUUGACAAAGAGGAUAUGGAUUUCACUCUUGAUACUGAUUUUGGGAAGAUGUCGUCCUUCAACAUUGACAUGUCAGAUCUUGAUAUAUAUCCCCCAAGUAAAAAGGAUCAAAUAUCAAAGGAGACAUCAAAAGAAGAAUCCACUGUUGCUGUCAACAAAAAGAAAGGAGAUGGCUUCAAUUUUUCAUUUGAUUUUGAGUUGGAUAAUUUCAGGUUUGGGUCAAGUCAGGAGAGUAAUGGAAAAGCGAAGAACAACCAAGAAAAGGAUUGUUUCAAUUUUGGAUCAAGCCAGGAGAGUAGAGAGAAGGCAAAGAACAACCAAGAAAAGGAUUGCUUCAGUUUUGGAUCGAGCCAGGAGAGUAGAGAAAAGGCAAAGAACAACAAAGAAAAGGAUUGUUUUAGUUUUGGAUCAAGCCAGGAGAGUAGAGAAAAGGCAAAGAACGACCAAGAAAAGGAAUUUUCAUCUUCUAAGAGAAGUGGUAAUGAAGGUUCUGGAAGUCAUCUGAAUAAAGACAUUGGUUCGUUAGAGGAGGGGACAGUUCAGAAACACACUGCAUCAGAGGCCGGGAUGACUUCAAUUAUUGAUUCUCAUAUUGACAUAGAUAAAAGUCAUGGCACCACAAAACAUAGUUUAUCUUCAAACCAUACUAUGAGCAACAAUGAAAUUUUAAAAUUGCAAUCUGCUGGCUAUGAAGUUUCACUGGAAAAAGCAAAAAGUUUGUUACAAGAAAAAAUAUCCACCAGCACUCGAGAAACAGUUUGCCAAGUAGAGGAGGGAUCUUCUUUGAUAUCACAGAGUGAAUCAAGGAGGAAUAAUUCUUCAAGUUUACAGGAACAUGUUAAUUCUGUGGCUGCGGAUGUUAGUCUCUUAGGUGUAGGAACAGUUUCAAACAAAAAGGUGCUUUUGGACUCUGACACAAACUAUGAUAAGUCAGUUUUAGAAAAUUCCUUUUUGGAGGAUGUUGCAACCUCAAUGAAAGAUGCUAGUGAAAGGAGAAACUUUGACAGUGAUAAGCAUGUUUUGGAGACCAAUAAGGACAGGACUGAGACACAUUCCAACAGUAUGUCAAAUGCUACCGAAGAAAAAAUGCGAGACAUGAAAUUCGGUAACAACAUUCAGAGCCCAACUUCAGUGCCUUCUGCAUCCUCGUUAAGCAAAAUAGUAGCUGAAAAAUUGACAGUAGAGAAAAGAAGAGAGACUGGUGUCAUCAGGUCAAAGUUUUUUAUGCCAUCAAUUAAACCUGCAGCACAGACGCAGACAACAACAUCACUGACUGAGACAAAAGUUCCUGCAUUUAGUAACAAAAGAAUUAGCCCCAUACCACAGAGUCGUCCAGCUGAAAUAAUAUCUCAAGAUAACAAAGAUGAUGACACUGGAAGCAAGGCUGGUUCUGCCUCAGACUCUAGAUCUCUGCCAAAGAUUAACCCUCUUCAAACAGGAAGUCAGGAGGGAUGCCAAGUUUUAGGGACUUCUAUCAAGGGCUCCCAGUCAGAUGCUGCGAAAAACAUAAGAACGUUGACCGGCAAAUCUGCUCCCCAGAAAAGCAAAGCAAGCAGUAAAGAUCUUCUUACUUUCAGUUCUGGGGUAAAUCCUCCUAGCAAAACUCAACAGAUAGCUGCAUCCACCCCAUGCAGCAUUGCCAUUCCAAGGAACAUAGCUCCAAUUCCAACUGCAAAGAACACUCUCAGCCAAGGAGACAAAACACUUCCAAUUAAAGCUGCCAGGAAUCUUCUAGAGACAUCUAGCUUAAAAAUUUCAGCAAAACUUGGUACAAAUCCUGAUACACCUCAGACAGUGUUGCAAAAAAAUUUGAAGUCCUCAAAAACUGUGGACCAUCAUGGUGGGUUUAAAGCUAUUUUACAAGCCAAAGAUAAUUCCAAAGAGACGCUGAAGCAAACACCUGUUAACUUGUCUAUGAAGAGGAAAGUACCAGAGACAAAUUCAGAUUUCAUGAUCCUACUUCCGUCAAAGCGUCUUGCACAAUCACCCAAUGGAAGCAGGGGAUCCUCUGAAGGUACAGAAAGUAUAUGCAACAAACAGGUUAAUGACCAUGAUCAUUCUGUAAAUGGUAAUAAGACCAUCGAAUAUGAAGAUUGUCAAAUCUCUUUACGUGAUGUUCCUACGAGGAUGAACACCAAAGAGUUAGGAAGCCCUUCUGCGAUAGAAGAUGAGGACAACAUAAAGAAGGCUCAGACUUUGUCAAAGGAUCUUGAAGAUAUAUGCAACAUGCUGAGAAAAAAACAAGAGGAGGCAAAAGAACUAUUAGUUCGAGCUGUUGUGAACAACAAUAAGCUGCUUCUGCUUAACCAUCCCAUUUAUAAAGAGAAGAUAUCCUUACUACUGACCUACUGUCGCGCCACUUCCUUUUCACAAUUUCAAUUCUCUAUUUAAAAAUAAGUUGUGUAUGCCUUCACCCCCUAGAACAUACACAGGGUUCAGAAAUUUGCUGCUGGAUU